AAGCAAAUCAAAGGUCAGAGUCUUCGAGAAUGAGUUCAAGCGUGUUCUUUUGCUUUGAGAAGGUACUCUCGAAGUCAGAUGCUACCAAAACCAUCUUGCAGGUACCUCAUUCCGCAACUAAUUUACCAGAAGAAAACAAAGAAGUGAUAGUUGUAAAGGAUCAAACUGGAAGGAAAUGGAAGUUUGAGGUGGCGAUAAAAGAUGAUGAGAAGCAAAAAAGGUUGCAAGGCGAAUGGAGUCAGUUUACUAAGGCUUAUGGUCUCAUGAAAGGUGUUAUUGUCAAGUUUUAUUUCAAUCCCAAUGAAAAUUUAUAUUACGUGGAAUUGGAAGGCCAACUGCUCAGUGGUUGGAGAACUACUUCCAGAAUAAGCUUUGAGAAGAAGCUCUCCGAAGAAGAUUUAACCGACAUGAAUAUACCACUGAUUCAUGAGAACAACCAGCCCGUCAUGGUUGUGUGGGAUCAAAAAGAUAUGCAGUGGAGGUUUCAGAUAGCAAUAGGUGGUGAUAAUGGUAAUAAAAAGUUAUUGAAUCGCGAAAAAUGGAUUCAAUUUGUACGUCGUAAUGAACUGGAGGCCGGAGAAACACUGAAGCUUCGGUACUCUCCCACUGAAGGAACAUAUUCUGCCGAAUGUGAAGGCCCUAACCGCAUCCCGACUCGUCAGUUCCUUUGAUACGAUGAAGAACUAAAUGAGGGACCUGCAACAACAAAUUUCUUUCUCGUUUCAGUUAAAGUCAAUUGUCCUCUACUUAUGUUUUGUUAUUUUUGUUUUUUUUAUUAUUUUUUAUUUUUUAUUUUGGGAUUUCAUGCAAGGAUCCAUGUGAGCGGUUGUUGCUGAGCCUAGUAACCUGUUAUUAUAUAUAUAUAUAUAUCAGUGAACUAAAUAGGUUUUGUUUCGUUUGUAUUAUCAUAUCAUGUGUCAUC